GAAGUGGAGUCAUGUGUUGCAGUCACAUGUUCGAUGGCAUAAUGGUUAACCAGGAAGAAAAUACAAGCUUGUUAUUUGAGUCUGCAUUAUGCUGAAUCGUAAGUUAAGUCAACAGAAAUCUCCAAUGCGGAAAUGUGACAAUACUUAGUAACAAUUAGUCAAAAUACUGACCACAGUGCACGCGCGCGUGUCGGUGAGGUGUGAUCAAUCAUGGAAGUGAAUGUGAGUCAGAUAUCGCUGGUUCUUUGUCUUCUAUCAUGCUGCUCUUCAUCAUUCAGUGCUCGAUAUACACCUGACUGGACCAGUCUCGACUCCAGACCUCUGCCUGAAUGGUACGACGAGGUGAAGUUCGGGAUCUUUGUUCAUUGGGGGGUGUUUUCAGUGCCCGCGUUCGGCAGCGAGUGGUUCUGGUGGGACUGGAAAGGGGCACAUGAUUUUGAAUAUAUCUUGUUCAUGAUUAAAAACUACCCCCCUGGAUUCAGCUACACGGACUUCGCUCCUAAUUUCCACGCGCAGUUUUUUGACCCUGAUGAGUGGGCUGAUAUCUUCGAAGCUUCAGGAGCAAAAUAUGUGGUCCUCACAUCGAAACACCACGAAGGCUUCACAAAUUGGGGCUCCCCAGAUUCCUGGAAUUGGAAUUCUGUUGAUAACGGACCUCACAGGGAUCUUGUUGGAGAUUUGGGAAAUGCAAUAAGAAAGAGGUCUCUGCAUUAUGGACUCUACAACUCUUUGUUUGAAUGGUUCAAUCCCAUCUAUCUGAGGGACAAGGAAUCUGGUUUCAAGACUCAGGAUUAUGUUGCAAAAAAAGUAAUGCCAGAACUCAUCAAUCUGGUCAACAGGUACAAGCCAGACCUGAUUUGGUCAGAUGGGGACUGGGAAGCACCUGACACUUAUUGGAACUCUACAGAAUUCCUCGCCUGGCUCUACAACGACAGUCCGGUCAAAGAUGUAGUGGUGACCAAUGACAGAUGGGGGAAUGGCUGUUACUGUAAACAUGGAGGUUAUUUCAACUGUGCUGACAAGUUCACUCCUGGACAGCUGCCCAAUCACAAGUGGGAGAAAUGUCAGUCAGUGGACACAAAAUCAUGGGGUUAUCGCCGAAAUAUGAAACUAACCGAACUGAUGGAUCUACCAUCCAUCAUAAAGGACCUGGUCUACGUCGUGGCUUUAGGGGGGAAUUACCUGCUGAAUGUGGGACCCACAGCAGACGGCGUGAUCGCACCUGUCUUUGAGGAGCGUCUCAGAGGAAUUGGAGCCUGGCUGAAGAUCAACGGUGAAGCCAUCUAUGCAACUAAACCUUGGAGAGUUCAGGCUGAGAAUGCUACAGUUGUUACCUGGUAUACUUCAAAAAACACCAGCACUGUGUAUGCGAUCUUCACCUCCAAUCCCAUGCAAAACACCUUUCAGCUUUCUAUGCCCAAAACCUCUGACAACACAGUGGUGACGUUGUUGGGGAACCCUGAGCCUUUGAAAUGGGUUCCUCUGAAAACAACAGGACUGUUAAUUCUCCUGCCUGAUCUGCCUUUCUCACCCGCUGAAGCCUGGACAUUCAAGCUGGAUGGGGUGGCCUAACCUAAAGCCUUUAAAACUUUUAAAGUCGCCAUGAAAUUCAAAUUUUACAAUUUGUAUUUUUUUAUAUGUAAUAUUGUAGUGCAGCUUAUUAUAAAUGAUUUAUCUGUGCACUUCAUUAAUUAAAAAAAAAAAAAAAUCAUGUACCCUUAUAAUCUUUAUCAAAUACAUUCUCCUUCCCUUCACCCUGAAACGACUGUUCUUCUCUUCCUGUCAUGUGCUUUGCUGAGAGGGCGCGGCAAGUCCCAUGCUCUAAUCAAUAUUCAGUUUUACUUGGAAAUACGUCACAACGCUGGAGAAAAGUUGUUUGUAACUCUCGGUACACGGGUACUUUAAAAACUAUUUUAAUGACAUUUGUUUUAAGAAAGUUUUGUAUAAAUUAGUUUUUUAUUAUUUUAAAAUGGACUAUUUGAUAUGAUUGCAAAAUAAAAAUGACCAACUGAAUGAUACACCAAAACCAAAUUUCUGAAACUAAAAUAGUUUCACUAUCUAUUACUUUGUAAUACAUAAAGACGUUACGUCAGGUUGUGCCUAAUGUUCUACUGGUAACUAAUUACCAGUUUAAUCACUUUUUCUUUAUAUUAUUUUUGGAAUAGAAAGAUUAUUUUUAGGAAAUUAUUUAAUUAUUUGUUGGAAUUAAAAGGUUAAUUAGACAGCUGGGGAAGUUGUGUAAUGUUAUGUUUAGGGUUUUGUAUACAUUUGCAGGGGCUUAUUAUGAAUUAUGUUUGAGUAAAUAUUUGUAUAUUUUAAAGUA